GUGAAAUCGAAAGAAAAAUUUUCAAAAUGAAAUUUAUUGCAUUUUCGCUAUUUGUGUUUGUAACACUGUUACAGUUGGGUCAGCUAAAUGCCCGUGAAGUGCUCCGUAACGACGAAUGGCCUACACCAGAGCUUCUGAAGUUUUUAGCACCAAUUCGCAAGAAAUGCCAAGCUCAAAUUGGUAUCAGUGAUGAGGCUAUCAAAGAAUAUGAUGUCGGCGAUAGUCUAGAUGCCAAACAAUCAGUUAAAUGUUAUAUGGCGUGUAUAUUCCGGGAAUCCAACGCGAUUGCUCCGAAUGGCGAUGUGAAUAUGUCAACAUUCGAACCGCUCCUUUCUAAUAUGAGUGACGAACUCAAAACGGCUCUUGGUAAACUAUUUGUCGCUUGCCCGGGUAAUAUGACUGCAGAAGACGAUUGCGAAAGAAUAUAUCUUCAUAGUAGAUGUAUGAAGGAAGCGGACCCAAAGAUCUACUUUUUGAUUUGAGUAGCUCUCAAUCUCUGAAUACAGUAAUUUCUCCCUGGCUGUGACUUGAAAUUAAAGACGUUGAUUGCAACAAA